AUGCAAAUACGGCAACAACAACACCAUGUGUUUGUGAAGCUCAGCUCCAUAAGAGUUAAACAUGAACUCAACCUUGGCUCUCUCCGCUGUCUUCACUCUGCUCUCGCCUGGGUGUCCAAUGCCAACAUUGUCGAAUUUGAACAGCUCGGCUAUGGAAGCUCUGGCUUCAAGCCACAAUUCGAAAUCUCACCAAUCCAGGCUCGUACGGGAGUCUCGUUCGAGACCUACCGUAACAGCCAGAACAACUACAUGAACACUCCGAUGUUCGCACAGGCGUUUCGUGGCAACCAAGUGCUCAGAAGCGACCACAAUCACCAUGGCCACUCCGCAACUGCUACCUAUCGCCGGUUCAGUGCCUCCUUCCAGUUCAGCAACAUCAGUUCAACAAAUUCAUGCUUUAAUUUAUGUGAUAGAAUGACUUCAACUCUCCCCACUCCCCGCCAAUCUCUUCUCUGA